CUCUUGAAAUCUGUGGUUUGCCAGGCACUCUGCUGCUUCUGGAGACAGAGCAGUGAACAGAUGGCCUGGUCCUUGUCCUGUAGAAUUUGCAACCGAAGAGCUUCUUCUCUCAUUAUUUAAUUACGAGGGCGAGAAUCACUCCAGAGGAGAACUGCGGAGCACUGGAGUUCAGAUGUGACUCCUGCGAGCCAUGGCUGACACCAUCUUUGGCAGUGGCAAUGACCAGUGGGUCUGUCCCAACGAUCGGCAGCUUGCCCUACGAGCCAAGCUGCAGACGGGCUGGUCUGUGCACACCUACCAGACGGAGAAGCAGAGGAGGAGCCAGUGCCUGAGCCCGGCGGAGGUGGGCGCCAUCCUGCAGGUCAUCCAGAGGGCCGAGCGGCUCGACGUCCUGGAGCAGCAGAGGAUCGGGCGGCUGGUGGAGCGGCUGGAGACCAUGAGACGGAAUGUGAUGGGGAACGGCCUCUCCCAGUGUCUGCUCUGUGGGGAGGUGCUGGGCUUCCUGGGCAGCUCGUCGGUGUUCUGCAAAGACUGCAGGAAGAAAGUCUGCACCAAAUGUGGGAUCGAGGCCUCCCCCGGCCAGAAGCGGCCCCUGUGGCUGUGUAAGAUCUGCAGUGAGCAAAGAGAGGUCUGGAAGAGGUCAGGGGCCUGGUUCUACAAAGGGCUCCCCAAGUAUAUCUUGCCCCUGAAGACCCCCGGCCGGGCUGAUGACCCCCACCUCCGUCCUUUGCCUGUGGAGCCGGCAGAGCGAGAGCCCAGAAGCACUGAGACCAGUCGCAUCUACACGUGGGCUCGUGGGAAAGUGGUUUCCAGCGAUAGUGACAGUGACUCGGACCUCAGUUCCUCCAGCAUGGAAGACAGACUCCCACCUGCCGAGGUCAAGGACCUGAGAGGUGACAAACCCUGCGGGGAACCCGGUGGCAGUGCAGGGUCCCCCAGGACGGGGUUCACCUACCCACCCAGCCACCUCUCAGGAAGCCAGAGCAGCCUGGCCAGUGAGACUGGGGCCAGCUCUGCAGACCCACAGAGAGGCACCCUGCCCCGGCCUGACCCACAGGGCCCAGGCAAAAGACACACCUGGGCUAGUUCCCGCUGCUGAUGAGGCCUCGUGGUCCCCAACUGGCCUUGGAUGGAGGCAAGUGGCAUGUGGAGCUGACUCUCCAGAAGAUUCUGAGACACAGAGAGAGAGAAAGCAGAGCCGGACCCUCCCCACGCCUUCCUGACCAGUCCUUGAGCCCUCGCAGCCGCGCUGCUGGCUGUGACCCCUGAUUCGAUGAACCAGUGUUUGGGGGCUGCAUCUGCCUGCCCCCACCCAGUGCCUUCUGCACCCCUUGUCUCCCAGCAAGCCCUCCCCACCUCCCAGCCAUCCCACUCAGUCACUGGCCUUUAUUUAUUGCCCUCCCCCUGCCUCUAGCCCAGUCCCCACCGCCUAGCUCACUCGGUUGGGGUUGGGCUGUUAGGGCCUCAGACCCUCCUCCUGGGGCCUUCCCACAUGCACUGCAAUCUCCGUGGGGCCACCAGGCGGGGCUUCUCCAGAUCUGUAUUAAUGACCAGAAGAGGCAUACCCCUGAACAUCACCCUUCAGAGUGAACUCGGACCCUUGAGGUAGGUGGCUGUGGAGCAGGUGGCCGAGAGAUCUGGCCCCUUCCCAGCAGCGCCCUGCCUCCCACAGGGCUGGCCCAGGAGCCAGGCAGACAGCUGGCUGGUCUUCCUUAGGCCUCUCUGAACCCCUGCAUUGCCCACGCCUUCCUGCCUCACUGCCCGAGGAGCCAUGAACUGCUCUGCUAAAUACCAUUCGCUCACCUUCUGCUAAGUGGUCCCCAGCCAGGCCACGUGGCUCCCCUAAGCCGUUAAUUCACUUCUCUUCAGUAGCUUCAGUUUGGCAUGAAAAAUAUUCAUUCCAAGUGUGGUCAAAAGCUUCUGGAAAAACCCUUCCCUGAAGAGAAAGAAGUGCGUUUGUGUGCGCGUUAGUGUCCCCGCUCUCCCAACCUUCCUGCCGCCUGCCCCGUGUCAGUCCUCCCAGGGCCUUCCCUCUGCCCUCUCAGCCCCCACCGUCCACUUUUCUGCCCUUGCCUCUGGCGGAAGGUAAAGGCACUCCCAGUUUCCCUGCGUCACCCCACACUUCAGAAUUGAGACAAUAAAGAUUAGCAUUUGCAUCGAG